AUGAUUCAACAGGAAGGCGCAGCUGGUGUUGCUGUUAGUGGUGAUGGAAGCUAUCUUCUUUAUACUGAGUUUAUAGCACAAAGAAUUCAAAAAUACUGGUUGAAAGGUCCUAAAGCCAACACAUCAGAAGUUUUAUUAACAUUACCAGGGAGACCAGACAACAUUAAGAGGGCACCCUCAGGACAUGAUUUUUGGAUUGCAGUAAAUGUUCCACAAUCACCAACUCAAAAUAAUGUUCUUAUAGCAGUAAAAAUCAACGGGUUGGGUAAAUUAUUGCGCAAUAUUUCUCUUAGUCAGGACUACAACUCCACCAUGAUAACCGAGGUUCAUGAGUAUGUUGCUGGGUCACUGUACAUCAGCUCUAAGGAAACUAAUUUUAUUGGCGUGGUUAGAAAUAUUUGA